CUGACGCGACUGCAGGAAGUUCGUGUUGUCUUGUUUCUAAGCGACGAGUGUAAACACAACUCUUCAAACACUGAUUUCACUGAACCGCUUACAUUCACAGAAAGCACACGCCGUCCACUGACCACAGGUUGACAGCGCUGUUAUUAGACGAUCAGCUCCUGCUGAAGCUGUUACAGAGAUUUCCACGCUGCGUAAACAUGCAAGCGAUGCCACGCCAUCAAUUCACGCAGCAUUUCUGGGAAAAAGAGACGGUAUCAACAAGACUUCCUUACCUGCACAGAGAGGGCAUGAGUGGACAGCGCAGUCCCACAGGAACUCACCACAGCUCCAGACCGCAUGCUCUAGAAAACCAAGAGGGAACGACCAGCUCCGCGAGAGAGAGACAACAACCCCGGCAACAUCCAGACAACAUCCACAGGAAGAAUCACAUGCAUCUGGAGGAGCACAGUGAAUACGUCCCUUCACGGAGAGCAUCGGACAAUAUAUUCCCUCUGAAACCAGUCCUUCACAAGAGAGCGUACAGCCUGAGUAACGUCACGAAACCAGAACAUCACGAGAGACUUUCCUCGUGUUUAACUAACAGACACCAGCAGAAGGUGGUAAGGAAACCAGACGCUCUUAAUUCAGACUAUGUGACAGGGAGAACAAACCAGACAAAGAGCGACGUGGAUCGUGAACAGAGGCUUGAGAAACAAACGUGGCUGUCGAAGGAAAUCCACUCGAAAGAGAUGAUGCUCCAGGAGAAGAUCUUCAAAGCAGAGGAGACUCUGAGAAGAGUCCAGAAAGAGAGGAAGGACCGUGCAAAGAGAGAUGAGAGGGAGAAAAGAUAUUCGGAAAAGCUAAAGGAGGACAACAGGUUCUGUAGUAAUGGAUACGGAGACUGGGAUGAGGAAAGAGACAGAUAUCACAGGGAAUUCAGAGAUGAUAUGGAAAGAUGGGAGGAGUGGGAGCGAGGGAUAAAUGGUAGCCAGCUGGAGAGGAGCAAAGAAAGUGCAAAAUGGGGACAACCUUUGAUGUUAGAGAUGGCAAAGGCUCACAAGCUGGAGGAAAUGAGCGAGUGGGAUGAGUAUGAACACACAGCAAAGCACAGGAGCCGGGAAAUGAGUAGCGGGCGAAACAUGGGAUGGGACAAUGUCAGAAGAAGAAGGGCGACGCAGAACCUCUAUGAAGAUGAAGAUCACUGCGACGUGAGAAACCCCAAUCUAUCUGACUCUGUGAGAAGAGACAGAUCUGACCUCAAGUGUGAGAGGAGAGAAAAUAAAGACGGUUUAUAUCGACUCGCAUCGAAACUCAUGAAGGAGGCCGUCCCGGAGACAAACCCCAGACAGAGAGGACCGCGCCUGCAGCAGGUGGAGCUCAGUCUGGAGGAGGAUCCGGACGCUGCGCACCAGCUGAUCCCGUGUGACGUGUGCCACCGAUGCUUCGCACGAGACCGUCUGGAGACGCACAUGAGGGUGUGUGAGAACAAGCGGCCUCAGCGCAAGAUCUUCGACAUGUCACAGUACAGAGCCAAAGGAACAGACCUCGAGGAGUUCAUGAAAACCAACAGCAGGAGCAAAACGCCAGAACUCAAGAAGAAUAAUUGGCGGCAGAAACAUGAGGCCUUCAUUCAAACCAUGCGUCAGGGUCGAGGAAGUGUGCCGCCACAGUCCGGCUUGAAUCUGAACUCAGAAUAUGUUAGCUGCCCUCACUGUGGCCGCAGAUUUGCCCCAGGCCCGGCAGAGAGACACAUCCCAAAGUGCCAGAACAUCAAGAGCAGACCACCACCUCCCAAACAACCGCACAGCGCCACCAGGAGGAAGAUCACGCAGUGACUCUCUGUUAGCAGACACAUGCAACUUCAGAGCAGUCUGACAAUUUUAGUGUGAAAUGUCAUGCUGUGUGCUUAUUCAAAACAACUUUGUCUG